AUGAGUGACACACCGCCCGAUUAUUCGCCAGCAGAAGAGUUGCACCAAGUGCGGGACAUCUUCUUCCUUCGCUGCCCAGUGUCCACUCCUCGCCGGGACUGCCGGGAAGCAGCGUUCCCGCCACGGACGCGGCCAGUGCAACCAGCAGGCAAGCAGCGGCGGCUACCACACCGCCCUGGCUUCUCGGCAAUGACGCGCCCUCGCCCCAGGCAUGCCCAUCCACUGAUGCCUGCCCAGUCUGCCAUUGCGACUUCCCUUCGCACGCCCAUGGACCGGGAACGCCCUUCCUUUGUGGCCGGGCUGCCUUCACUGGCGCUUGCCGCCGCACAUACGGUGUCCCGGACGCAACCGGCCCCAGAUCACGACACUACCUCGCGCCAGUACCACGAAGCCAUUGCAUCCAGACCCCCUGCCCACACCUUGCCUUGCCUGACCGGCACGCCAACACCGCCCACCUGCCCCACGCACGGUCCUCGCCGGCUCGCCAUCGACUCGUGCCCUGGCCAAAGACUGCCGCUCCCCGACACACCGCAUGCCACACCUGCAGAUCCACCAGCGCGUGCUGGCUCAAGUGCUGUACCGACCGACGCGGCGGCGGUGUCUGCACCGAACGAUGCGGCGUGGUACAACCAGGGCCCACCGCUCGGACUCAACAACGGGCGAACACACAGAUGGCUUUUUGCGCGUGGCAUGCCCACGCCGUCUACGCACCGCUUUGGCAGCGUGCCCUUGAUGCCCUUCGCCAGGCACCCGCUGUCCAACCAGCCGCACGGGUGCGCGCAGUUGCUCUUAACCGUGGCUGCUGAGACCAACGCCCUCCCAAGCAACACCUUGGUGCACCUCUUAUGGGCAUGGCACCUCGUGACGCCGCCUGACGGGUACAUACCCGCAACUGUCCCAGAGGCGUUGCUGCACGUCUUCAUGGGGGAGCAAGCGGCGUCGGCACUGUUGCGCGAUCUGCUCGAGGCGCGCCCCUGGCCGAGCCUGCCGCGCCGCCUCCCGGGGCCGCCUGACGACUCUUCCACUUCCAGCUUUUCCUCGAGUUCGCGCAGCACUAGCCCUGCCAGCGGGUCUGGGCGCCCCGUGCCUAUUCACGCCAGCCCUGUGGUGCCGGACCAAACCCGUGCAGCCAGCCCCCAGCAAGCCGCGGCUCAGGAUGCCGCCCCCGGCCAAGCAGACUCGUACCUUCAUUUGCCAGGGAUGGAAUUGCACGGUCCUCGCCUACACAACGCACUCCUUGCCUUGGACCGCUACAAUGCUGCAAACACCCUGAGCCGGCCCUGUGCCCUGUUCCACGUCCCGCCCGCCUUCAUCCGUGGACAGUUGCGGCAAGCCCUCUACUGCGCACUGGCCUGCAUCAACACAUGCCCUGAUCCUCUCGGAGUGGAUGCCGAACGUGCGUGGAUGCGCUGGCGCAACACGAAGCCCGCUGAAAUGCACACUGCCGAACGUGUGCGGGAUUUCCUGGACGAUGUGUACGUGACUUCACCACCUCCUCGCGCCCGCAUCGCUACCUGCGCCUGCCGGUGCACGGCCCUGGGACCCAGAACUCGCCGCUGCAGAGCAGCCUCCGCGCUCGGCACCCCCCUCGGCAUCCCCGAGUACGUCGCUGCACAGCUUGACACGUUGACUACGCAGCACGGCCUUGCCAGCCAGACUCCGCGACGUUCCAAAAUUCAAGUUGCUUGGAUGUUGCUGCUGUAUUCUGCCCUGCCCCGCGCACAAUACGUGCUCCGGAUCCUGCCGCCCCAGCGACGAGGGCUUUCUCGGCUGCGCAUGAUCGCUCCAAUCCUUCCUGCCUUGCAACCCUCCUGCUCCACCGGCGAGUUCUUGGCCAACGGCCGCGCCCAACUCAGCCUCCGGCAUGGUGGUCUGGGUUCGCAGUGCCGCCUGGCACGCCUACUUCGCGUCGUGGGCGGACGCCCUGCAAGCCCUGGGGGGGCGCAGCUCGUGCCGAUCGGGCAGUUCACCUCGCGCACCUCGGUGAGCUGUCGGCAGCUCGUCAGGCCGCCUGAGCCGUACGCACCCCUCGACCCCAGCAUUUUGCAGUGGUCAGCUCAAGGGCCCCUCACGCUCACCCGAGCCGCUGUCAUCUCCAACUUGCGGCGCUCCCGCCGAGGAGCCGCCCCCGGGCCUUCGGGCUACACAGCCGACAUCUUGCGUCCCUUGCUCGAUGACGCUGCCGGCAUCGAAGUCCUCCACGGGGUCGCCGAGCUCCUCGCUCGCGCCGAGCUGCCGCCCUGCAUGCAACCGCCGCUGCACGGUGCCGCCGUCGUCCUGACCAACCACGGUCUGAGCGUGCCAGCCUGGGGCGAGCUCGUCACGGAACCACCUGCCGAAGCCGAGGCCGAUCCCGCGCUUCACGUAAAGCAGCCCGGUGUGGAGUGCAUGCGGCGAGCAAACAUCAGCAGCAAUAGGCCACGUGCCCAACGUCGUUGGGACGAGGCAUUUGGAGCAUUGACGUUGACCUUGGCGAUCAAAUUUCACCGGUUGCCAGCCGCACCCUCUCACUUCGCUCCAGGCAUCAGUCUAUCGGAGUCAUUGUUAUGUGGCAAUGCAGAAUUGGACUUAUGUGCUUGGCCGCGGCGAUACAGUGCGCCGUGGGGCACACGGCCUUGGGACGAGCAUGUGCAUUUUGUCAUCUUCCUUGCAACCAAAUUCGGCAGAGAGACGUUAUGUGCAGAGCUUAUCCGGGCCUUCAGUGGUCACUUGUCGAUUUUCUCCACGACCGCGGCGAGACGCGAGUUGUUGUUGGCCCGCGGCUACCGAUACCAACGCUUUGCGACAUUCGGGCAAGAGCAGCUGCGGUUGCUGCAUCGGACGUACGACGGGGGAUGA